AUGGGCAAGUCAAGGAAACAGCAGAGGCAGCAGAACAGCACGGUGUCUCCUUCUCCCAUCAAGAAACCCCAAACAGUUCCCACGGCUACAACGGCACGCAGUCCUAUGCUUCCUCCUAGACGCUCUUCUUACCACCAUUCAAGGCUAGGCCAAAAGUCGCCGUCCCAUACUCCCCGAAAGUCCACCGGGAACCGCCUUCGCCCCCGAGCCACCUUCCUUACAAAGUCCUCUGCUCCCAAGAACUUCACUUCCUCUGCUACGACUUCCGGUGACAGCACUGCCACUGGAACGGGAUCUUUCUCGCCGGAGUUUCGUUCGGAUCAAGUACUUAUCCCCGACGAGUCGUUAGAGAGCUCCUGCCCCAGCCCCUGCAGCUGUGUUACCUCCAAAUUGUCCAAACCCGCAACCUUUACGCCGCCUCCUGAACUCGAUCUCCGGCCGAUCAUCACCAAACCGGCGAAUAAACCUACCACCGUGCGGAAAACGGCGGUGAGCUCUCCGGCGGGGAUUAGACUUAGACUGCGCUCGCCUAGGGUAUCGACGAGCAGCGGCGUAAGGAGAAGCGGGUCGGCGACGGCGAAAGCGGUGAGUUCACGACGGAGCAGGGCGGUGGUGAAGGCGUCGGUGGACCCGAAGAGAGAUUUCAAGGAAUCGAUGGAGGAGAUGAUCGUGGAGAACAACAUAAGAGCUUCCAAGGAUCUAGAGGAGCUUCUAGCUUGCUACCUCUGUCUCAAUUCAGACGAGUAUCACCACAUUAUCAUCAAUGUCUUCAAGCAAAUCUGGCUUGAUCUUAAUCUUACACCCCAUAUUUCCUAA